GGGAGAAGAGUAGGGGGAAGACAUGCAGCAAAGGGCGGUGGGCAGGAAUCGAACCCGUGCCGCUGCAUCAGAGACCAGUCUCUGUACAUGGGUCGCCUGCUUAACCCGAUGAGCUAUACAGGCACCCGGCGCCCAAUAAACAAAAUUAUUUAAUAAAUACCAGCCCACCGGCCCAGAUGUGGACCGGCCCUUCGGUCAAACGACCGAAUGAAAUAAUGUUCAAUCCGCCCCUGGAUGGGAGAGGUUUGUUUAUUCGGGGUUCCUGCUCAGAUGUUUUUAGGAGAUCUAAGAGGUUAUUCAGGGAAGCAGGUCAGAUGUCACAGGUCAAACCUCUGCCUUUAUUACUGACAGAACAAGAAAUGCAGCUGCAGCCUCCGGCUUGAUCAUCUCUAAUGUGCUUGACAUAUUUUUUUCAUAAACAUUGGAUAUUUAAUGUGAUUUUUAGGCUGAUGUAUAAUUUCUGAGUGAUUUUUGUUCUUAAAAAAUGCCCUUUGACCCCCUUUUAGCAUGUUUUUAUGUGACACACAGAAUGAGUGAAAAUAACGUUAUGUGCUUUUAUUAAAAAAGUUUUUUUUUCUUUCUCAUAUUUGGAAAACCAUUUUGUACUCCAAUUGUUCUGCUUACAUCAGACUAUCUACCAAUAGUUUUGAUUUUGUGGUAAAACUUGCUAGACCUGCUCAGUCAGUUACAGGUCACCAAAAAUAACUUUCUUUAUCAUGGAGUAUUUUACAUUAGAUGGUAUUCUACAUGUUUUAUUAUAACAUGCAGCUACACGUGAUUCCGAAAAAACGUCACAAGCUGACUUCUUUUUAUCACAUUUAUUGUUCAUUUGUGCUCAAAGAUGGAACUUUUCAUGACAAGUUUAACUCAGCCAUGCUGUUAAACCCUUUUAUUUGGUCUACUUGUCUCUUAUUGUCGAUUCUGAACCAAUGACAUGAGGAGGAAUAAAAGUAAACUUUAGACUAUUAGAUUAUAGAUUAUAGACUAUAUAUACAUAUACAGUGCCUUGUGAAAGUAUUCGGCCCCCUUGAACUUUUCAACCUUUCGCCACAUUUCAGGCUUCAAACAUAAAGACAUAAAAUUUUAAUUUUUUGUCAAGAAUCAACAACAAGUGGGACACAAUCGUGAAGUGGAAUGAAAUUUAUUGGAUACUUUAAACUUUUUUAACAAAUAAAAACCUGAAACCUUUUUGUUUCUGUAAACUUUUAAGGAUUUUUGUUUAUUAUUGUUGUUAUAUUUGUUUUGUUUGUUUGUCAAAGUAAAGUUAGUGAACUAACUUAGUUCAGGACGCUGACAUUCGUGCGUUUGUGUUUCAGUCAAAGAAUAAAAGUCCUCCACGUUGACGUCUUGGGGAGCCGCGCCCAGAGUUUGAUCCUCCUCUUUACAAUAAAUAAUAGCCUUGUUUUAAUAAAAGAUCCAGGAGGAACCGGUGCGUCUGGUUUUGUUGCGUCAGGUGAUCGGUUUGCUGCAGCUUCUCAGCGCAGACUUUAACCGUGACCAGACAAAAAAACUCAGAGCUCUCUCAGAACACCAAAGGCUCCAUCAUGUCCUCUAAACUGGUCAUCAGGCAGCCUCAUCCGGUCAUGGAUUCCCGAGAGUCCAAUCAGUGGGGAUCUGGGAUCUGUGACUGCUGUGACAAUGUUCCAGAGUGCUGUUUUGCUUUCUGGUGCUUCCCUUGUUUUGCCUGUAAAACUGCCAAAGACUACGGCCAGUGUCUCUGCCUCCCCCUGCUGGACAUCGGCUUCAUCCCACCCAUCACCAUGUCCAUGAGGGUCUCCAUGCGAGAGCGAUAUGGCAUCAAAGACACCAUCUGUCGGGACUGUGUCUAUGCAACCUUCUGCGUGGCCUGCAGCUGGUGCCAGAUGUCCAGAGAGAUGAAGAGAAGAAACAUCCAAAUCGUUCUGGUCAGCGCUAAAAACACAUGACCUCUAUCGUUAGUCUUCACCAACAGGGCUGCCAAAUAAACCAAAGUCUGCAUAUUAAUCACGUUUUGACUGCAGUCUGUUGAGACAGAGUAGUGAUGAAACGGUUUAUAGACUGAAAAACCGUAGAAUGAUGCUGUCAUGUAGCUUCAUUAGAGUUAGCUGGGAUGUUAAAUCCAGCAUCACUAAAAGCUCUCAGUGCUGGAAAUGGUUAAAAACAGGUUUUUAAAAUUUAUUAUGAGUCCAUUUUAGUUUUUCCCUCUGAGACCAAAUAGAACAAUAAUGCUGUCUGCAGCAACUUUUUAGGCGAACAUUUCUCACCAGUAAAUUAGUUUUUCCCAUAGAAAUACAGAAAAAUACAGGAAAUUUGAGUUAUAUAUAUAUAGAUCUAUCUAUCUAUCUAUCUAUCUAUCUAUCUAUCUAUAUAUAUAUAUAUAUAUAUAUAUAGUAUAUACAGUGUUUCCUCUACGUCCAUUCAGCAGCGGCGGGCCGUCAUUCCUAAAUUCUAGCCGCUACUACUUCAAAACACAAAUAUAUAAUGAUAAAAUCUAACCCUAACUCCAAGCAUCAACAGUUUUCUAACAGCGCUUCAUUUUCAGUGGCCGAGUUGUUUUUAUUGAAAAUGAAUUUUAUUUUCCUCUCAGCUCUUCAUCAUAACAACUGAAGCAGGCUGCACGUGAUUGGUCUUUUUAUGCUGAAGAAGAGUCACAUGACAUUUUUAUGAAACUUGGAUAACGAAGAAAAAUGAAAAAUAUUGUCCAAAAUCCAAAUCAAAUUGACCAUAAUUCAGGGUCAAAAAGCAAUAAAAUUGUAAAACUUCACCUUAUUUUGGACAAUUUUAGACUGACGGGAAAAUAAAUGUUUACUUGAUGUAAACAAAAAAGACUCUUUAUUGCCAAAGAGUUCCCUUUUGGUACAUUUUGGUCUAAAAACCCAAAUUAAAUUGAUCAUAAUUCAACGUUAAAAUCAAACAAGAGAGAAGAACUUACUUAUUUUUACCCACAAUCCUCAGCUCAGCUACGUAACAGAGCUAUCUAAUCGACUUUAAGCCUAAGCAUGCUUAAUUUGCAUCUGUGAUGGAAAGAAAACUAAUGGAUUCUUCAUGUUUUUCACGUUUCUGGCUGAUAAUCUGAGUCCUUCUGGUGAUAAUUCUGGCCGUUUUAAGUGUAUGUGUGUGAAAUGAGGGCUUUUUAUCACGUCUUUUAAUACAUUUCUAAUUGAUAUUUCCCACUUUUCUGUGUUUCCUUUAGAAAUGGAAAAACAUAAGAUUUAUGUUUAAAAUAAUUAAUAAACAAAUAAUUUUUCUGAGCUCUGAUGUGAAAAUGUCUUUUGUUUUUUACUUAUUUUUAAAAAAUCCUACUGUAUGUUUUCCAUUUUUUUCAUCAAUAAAAAUUAUUGAAUUUAUAAACAAUAA